AUGGCCUCAGGGCAGGGGAGGGGGCAGCAUGACCCAGACCUGGCCCCCCACCCCCAGAAGCCCCCUGAGGGGCUCAUGACUUCUGGAGGUGGUGCAGAGGGGCUCCCUUUGACCAGGAGGAGGAGCAAGAGAGAGAAGGGGCUCCGAGGGUCCCAGAAGGGCACUGGCAGCUCUGGAAAGGAGACCCCCGUCCCAGGCCCUGAGGCCCUGAGGAGCAGCAAGAACCCCUCUAGGACCAGAGGAGGGCAGGAGGCAGCGGCCCCUGCAGCCCUUGGGCCGGCUGCCCGUCGCCAGUCCCACCGGCGUCGUCCUGCCACCCAGCAUGACGCUGCUCAGAGGACUUAUGGGCCCCUGCUCGACCGCAUCUUUGGGCAGGACCGUGAGCUGGGCCCCGAGGAGCUGGAUGAGCUUCAGGCCGCCUUUGAGGAGUUUGACAGUGACCGUGAUGGCUACCUUGGCUACCGGGAGCUGGGGGCCUGCAUGCGGACACUGGGCUACAUGCCCACCGAGAUGGAGCUCAUCGAAGUCUCACAGCACGUCAAGAUGCGAAUGGGUGGCCGCGUGGACUUCGAAGAAUUUGUGGAACUGAUGGGCCCAAAGCUGAGGGAGGAGACGGCGCACAUGCUGGGGGUGCGGGAGCUGCGCAUUGCCUUCCGAGAGUUUGACAGGGACAGGGAUGGACGAAUCACGGUGGCAGAACUGCGACAGGCAGCACCGGCUCUGCUGGGGGAGCCACUGGUGGGUUCUGAGCUGGAUGAGAUGCUCCGAGAGGUGGACCUCAAUGGAGAUGGCACUGUAGACUUUGAUGAGUUUGUGAUGAUGCUUUCUGCCCAGUGAAGCUCUAGGAGGGAGAACACAUUGCCUCUCUGGCCCAGACCAUCAGGGCCCCAUGAUGGAAGCGACCCAGAAGCCCCCAGGCUUCUUCUGUUCCUGACACCUGGCCAGAGAGUUGUCUUGUGAUGUUACCUACCCACCCUACUCCUUGCCUCCCUCCCUAAGUUGCCCGAAAGAAACCUGCCCUCAACUGCCUGUCAUCCCCCGGUGUAUGCAAGAUUCAGAUCUCUCUAGCCCCUUGGAAGGUAGGGAGUUCCCUGGUGCUGGCUGCAUUCAAAGACAGAGCAGUGCUGGGAGGAUUCUG